AAUAUGCUUUUCUGUGUGAGAAGCUUUUGUUAGUGCUUGAAAAGGUGGAGUUCUUUCAUGGGUCACUUGGACGCACACAGCCCCCUCCUUGAAGUGUUUAUUCCUUCUUGCCUUUUCUCCUCCUUAUCCUAAUUACUGUCUUCCUCGCCACCAAACUGAUAUAGAAUAGAUUUAAACUUUUAAAAUAUUUACUUGUAGAAUACGGUUAUCAAAACUGAUUUUAAAAACAGGUGAAUUCGGUUUUGGGGGGUGUGGAAUACAGGCCCUGAUUAGAAAAAAGAAAGUUACUUAUCUAGGUUAUAGUAACCCUCAUAUAUGUUUUCACCCUCUAGAACUUGUCUUCAUCAUUCAGGAGCUGAUAACUUGUUGCUUUUCUUACUGCUUGUCUUGGCUGCAGUGCCCUGGUCGGCUGUCUCACAUCUCUAGCAGCCUCACCCGCCCCUUUGAAUGGCUGUGCUGGUGAGAGAUGAGGAGAUAACUGUGGCUGGCGGGUGAUUCUUUGGGAGAGAGUCGUUACAUACCCAGGACAGACAGGCAGCAAAGGACUGCACGACAAAAUGCAGAGUCCAAUGUUAAUGGCUCAAAAGAAAUAUCUCCAAGCAAAAUUGACCAAGUUUUUAAGGGAAGACAGAAUUCAACUUUGGAAACCUCCAUAUACAGAUGAAAACAAAGAAGUUGGUUUGGCAUUGAAGGAUCUUGCUAAGAAGUACUCUGACAAGCUAGAAUGUUGUGAAAAUGAAGUAGAAAAGAUAAUGGAAGAAAUACGUUGCAAAGCAAUCGAGCGUGGCACAGGAAAUGAAAAUUAUAAAAGGACAGGAAUUGCUACAAUUGAGGUAUUUUUACCUGCACGACUGAAAAAAGGUAGGAAAAACCUGUUGGAGACCCGAUUGAACAUCCCUGGCAGGGAACUGAGGUCUUUAAUAGCCAAAACCUUUGGAUUUCAAGAAAAUUAUAUCAAAAUUUUCAUAAAUAAGAAACAACUUCAACUAGGGGAAACACUUAAGGACCAAGGAGUGACACACAAUGUAAAAGCUAUGGUGCUCGAACUACAACAGCCUGAAGAGGAUAUGAGAAAAAACGUCCAGGUUGAAGAAGAAGAGCAAAAUGAAGCCAAACUAAAAGAAAAAAAAAUUGAGAGGACUAAGAGAGGACUGGAGAUCUUGGCAGAGAGAGCUGAGAUGGUGGUGGAUCCAGAAACCACACCGUACUUAGACAUAGCAAACCAGACGGGCAGAUCAAUCAGAAUUCCUCCAUCGGAAAGAAAAGCCCUUGUGUUAGCUAUGGGAUAUCAUGAGAAGGGCAGAGCUUUCCUGAAAAGAAAAGAAUAUGGAAUAGCCUUGCCAUGUCUGUUGGACGCUGACAGAUAUUUCUGUGAGUGUUGCCCAGAACUACUGGAUACGGUAGAUAACUAUGCAGUGCUCCAGCUGGAUAUCGUGUGGUGUUACUUCCGCUUGGGACAACUGGAAUGCCUUGACGAUGCAGAAAAAAAAUUAAACUUGGCUCAGAAAUGCUUUAAAAAUUGUUAUGGAGAAAAUCAUCAGAGACUGGUCCACAUAAAAGGAAAUUGUGGAAAAGAGAAGAUAUUGUUUUUAAGACUUUACUUGCUUCAAGGUAUCCGAAAUUAUCUCAGUGGAAAUGGUGAAGAGGCUUUUGAAUAUCUCAAUAAGGCACAGCAACUCUUUAAAGAGCUGUACAUUGAUCCAACAAAAGUUGACAAUUUGUUGCAGUUGGGAUUUACUGCCCAGGAAGCACGGCUCGGCCUGAGGGCAUGUGAUGGGAAUGUGGAUCAUGCGGCUGCCCACAUUACCAACCGCAAAGAGGAACUGGACCAAAUAAAGAAAGAGGAAAGAGAGAAGAAAAAACGCCGCCUGGAGAACAUAAACACGUUGAAAGAAAUGGGCUACUCCACUCAUGCAGCCAAGCAGGCUCUCCAUCAGGCCAGCGGGAACCUGGACGAAGCCCUGAAGAUUCUUCUCAGUAAUCCUCAGAUGUGCUGGUUAAAUGAUUCAGAUCCUCAAACCAACAACCAUCAAGAAAGUCCUUCCCAGGAAAGUAUCGACCAAUUGGUGUACAUGGGCUUUGACACGGUAGCAGCCGAAGCUGCCCUGAGAGUGUUCAGAGGAAACGUCCAGCUGGCAUCUCAGACCCUUGCUCACAACGGAGGAAGUCUUCCUCCUGACCUCCAGCUCUCAGCGGACGAUUCUUCAUCAACACCAUCCACAUCCCCUUCCGAUUCUGCAGGUACCUCUAGUGCCUCAACAGAUGAAGAUAUGGAGACUGAGGCCGUCAAUGAAAUACUGGAAGAUAUUCCAGAACAUGAAGAAGAUUAUCUUGACUCAACUCUGGAAGAUGAAGAAAUUCUUAUUGCAGAGUACUUAUCCUAUGUAGAAAAUAUAAAGUCAGCAACAAAGAAAAACUAAAUAAUGAACAGAAAGAAGUACUAAGUUUCUGCUUAUAAAUUCUAUCAUUAUGAAAAGUCUAAUACAGGUCUUCUUUUUUCCUUCUUACUUUUUAUCUGAUUUUGCUCCAGAGUGCUUCCUACUUGGGUGUAGGAGGGGCAGACAGGGAACAGGGGCGCAUGGGGUUAAGAGGAGACUGG